AUGGCAGCUGAGAAAGCUGAAAUGGACGCGCUGAAAAAGGAGUGCGAUGGCCUCCGUGCACAGAUUGAGGCGGCCCGCAAGGCUGUGAAUGACGGCAACAUGACAGCAGCAGCAGGAGGGGCAUCUGCAGUGGGCCGGGUCCAGCUGAAGCUAAGGAAGACACUCAAGGGACACUUGGCUAAAAUCUAUUCCCUGCACUGGGCUGCUGACUCUAGGUCAAUGGUCAGUGCAUCACAGGAUGGAAAGCUUCUCGUCUGGGACACUUUCACAGGGAACAAGUUGGUUGCUGUCCCACUAAAGUCAGCUUGGGUGAUGAGCGUCGCCUUCGCCCCCUCUGGUAACCUGGUGGCCAGCGGUGGUCUGGAUAACAUGUGCACAGUGUACAACAUCAAGUCCGCCUCCCCCAAGACCCUCAGGGAGCUGGACGCACACACAGGUUACCUGUCCUGCUGCCGUUUCCUUAGUGACAGUGAGAUCUUGACAGCAUCCGGUGACACCACCUGCUGCCUGUGGGACUUGGAGACUGGAAAGCAGAAGAUCAUCUUCACCAACCACAUUGGAGACUGCAUGUCUCUGGCUCUCUCCCCCGACAUGAACACCUUCAUCUCUGGAGCCUGUGACUCUCUGGCCAAGCUGUGGGACCUGAGGGAAGGCACCUGCAAGCAGACCUUCUCCGGACACACCAGUGACAUCAACGCCAUCUCUUACAUGCCCGGUGGAAACUGCUUCGUCACGGGCUCCGACGACUGCAGCUGCAAGAUGUACGACCUGCGCUCCGACCAGGAGGUGAUAGGCUACCAGGACACCAGCCUGAACGCCGGCGUCACAUCUCUGGCUCUCUCCAGCUCGGGCCGCCUCCUCUUUGCCGGCUACGACGACUUCAACUGCCACAUUUGGGACUCACUGAAGGGAGAGAAAGUUGGUGUGCUGUCUGGCCACGACAACAGGGUGAGCUGCACCGGCGUCCCCGAGGACGGCAUGGGUGUCUGCACAGGAUCCUGGGACAGCUUCCUCAAACUGUGGAACUGA